GUGACUCCAGAUGCUUCCUGUUCACUGUGUUCCCCAAACUGAGAGUUUAUACAGCAACAGGAUACAACCAACAUUUCAUGUACCUCAACCAGAACCAGCAGACCAUGCCCAACGGACUGGGUAUGGGUGGUCAGCAUGGUUACUUUGGACUGUGGCUGGACAGUGACUUUGGCCGCGGCCAUAGCCGUGCACGGCCCAAGUGCACCACCUACGGCAGCCCUCAGCUCUCUGGAGAGGAAGACUUCACCCUGGACUCAAUGGAAGUGUGGGCGGUUGGAAAACCUCCAGAACCAGAGGAGGAUGAGGACGGGGGGGGCAAGAGGAGUAUCCUGGAUGUGGAUCCAGAGGCCCAGGCCAUGAUGGAGAUGGCAGGGAAGACUCUCCACAGUCAGGGCCUCAGGGAGCCAGAGGAAGACCAGGAACAAUGAGAGGCAAAAACAGUCUUAGCGUAUUAAGACUCCCGGUCCACAAGGUGUGAUUUUAUCAUCUGACUGACAUACCUGGAUAAUAUUAACACCUCGUCUAAGACACGUCUCCAUCAUGCAAUAGAGUGAUAUUAGAUUUCUCUUCCCCUGCCUUUUAUUCUGUUAAGACCUGAAAAGGACAAAAACAUGCAGUUUCUUCAAAGAGUAAUAGUUAUUUUUUAAAACUUGGACCCUUUUCCCAUGUUGUGACCAAGUGACUAAUGAAUUUUGGUGGGUUUGGUGAUACCAGUUUUAGGGCUGUUUCUGGUAAAACAAAAGGGAUCUUACUUUUUAACAAGAAGUCUACAAAAACAAAAACAAACACUUUCAUGCUGCGUUCACAUGGAAUCAGGCAGACAUCAGUUGAUGGCAGAUAGAAAACACUCAAACAACAAACAAACAAUUUGAUGAAUGGCACGAUGGUAAAACAACAUAAACGAUGUUAUGUUGCAAUGGCGGUACCAUAUUGUUUACAAAGAAUGGAAGAAACUUUAUUAAAUAAAAUUAUUUUUUAUUUCUAAUUUCAGGUAAUUUUCAUCUUAAUGUCUGGUUAUAAAUUCCAUUGUCCUGCCUGACGUGCACUAACAUGAUGUUUGAUUUCUCGUCUGCCGUCUCCCUGAUGCCAUGUGAACGCAACAUUAGUGGAAGUACAAAUGCCUCAAGUGGUUACAUUGCAGCCUGUUUUGCAGCUGCUGGCUGCAGCGCUUUCGCUCCAUAUUGGACCAAUUUCAAAAACUGUCGUUCCCACUAGUCACUUAGUAACAAAAACAUGAGAUAAUUGUGUCCAAGCUGAAAAUUACAGAAGUUACCCUUUAAUGCCACACCACACUAAAGUCAUUCUCAUGUUAACACUGAUCGACUGUUUAAAUAUAUUGUUGUCUAAUGAAUUGGUCAUCACAACAUAAACCAGGCUAUUAAGGCCAAACUCGGUGUAAAGGCAGCUUGUAAAUGGUCUGUAAAGUCUAAUUUAACCCCUUUCACACACAACAGAAAGCUACCAGUGUGCAGACCUCAAGCCAGCUUUCCUAAUAAGUGUGAAGGGAACCAAUGUGUCAUGGGUGUUUUCACGCUUACUUCCACUACACUACACUGAUGUUAGAUA